AAGCAAGUUAGAUUAUGUGACAUAACUUCAUAUGAAUCCAAGGCUUCAACUGUGUCAGCAAUUGCAAAACAAUGCAUUACUACAACAUAUCUCCAUCAAUGUGAUAUUGCAUGUUUAACGCCAUGCACACUAAAACAGACAGUUGCUGGGAAAUUGUGGAUAUGUUUCAGUUGCAACUCCAAGAUACUCAGUGGUAAGGUUCCCCAGGAGAGUGCUGUGAACAAUAUGGCAUUGGAUCCAAUUCCUGACGAAUUAGGCACACUGAACUCAUUAGAACAACACCUGUGCGCAUUGAAUAUUCCCUUUAUGCGACUUGUGGCAUUGCCGCGAGGUUCUCAGAAUUCUGUCCAUGGGCCGGUGACUUGCGUUCCAUCAAACAGCGAUGUAGUCACUUCGGUUCUCCCAAGGCUAGAAAAUCAAGAUUUAAUGAUCCGAAUAAAACUGAAAAGAAAACUUACUUAUAAGGGGCAUUAUCAGUAUCAAUAUGUGCACACUCAAAAAAUCCAAAAUGCGAUAGCAUGUUUAAAGGACAUGAAUAAAUGGUAUAAGGACAUAGACUUUAACGCAGAAUGGGAAAAUCCCUUGCCAGAAGAUGCAUGUUCUGUUUUGAAAGAAUGCAACCCAGUUAAUGACACUCCAUCUGCACCUGAAAGCAGUGACAUUACAACUCAAUCAGACCAGGUGUCGGAUGAUGAAGAAGCUGACCACAUAUAUGAAACUCAAACACACGGGUUACUCUUGGACACAUGUUUGCAACCAAUUGAUAUCGCACAAGAAAUAUUUGAUCAGCAUUUCGAAAGUGUUUUAUCAAUAGCUCCAGCUGAAGGCAACAGUCCUGUUAGGCUGCUGACAGAUAAGGGCAAUGAAGCAAAAUGUUUUCCUACUCUUUUCCCCAAAGGGACAGGUACAUUCCAUGAUGCACGGCCCCACAGGCUCACUCUCAGUAGAUACAUCAACACACGAAUCCUAAAUGCUGAUGGGAGGUUUAGCAGCAACUUGGACUACAUUUUCUAUGCUCAAUAUUUAUCUGAGGUCAAUCAGGUUGUUUCCAAGGUGUCCAUAGCACUGAGAAAAGGUUACCAUGCAGGGGAAUCAUUGGCUAUAACUUCCGCCAUGCUUUCAAACAAAGACUAUGUACAAAAUGUCUUAAAAACCGAUCUCGGUUACAAGUUCCUUCAACCGAUCCGAGGGACUCCAGUUUUUUGGCAAGGUGUACAGAAAAAUCUAUUUGCUAUGGUUCGUCAGCUUGGUGUCCCUACUUGGUUCUGUUCAUUUUCAUGUGCUGAUUUACGCUGGACUGAACUCAUCGAUGUUUUCAUGAGACUACAGAAAAUACAGGGAAAUGUCAACGACCUGGACUGGUCACAGAGGUGCAAUUUACUCAAAACUAAUCCGGUUACCGCGGCAAGAAUGUUCCAACACAGGUUUCAGACUUUCCUAAAUGACGUCAUCAAGUCACCAGCUAACCCCAUUGGUAAAGUUAUCGACACAUUUUUUAGAGUUGAAUUCCAACAACGCGGCUCACCCCAUACUCAUUGUCUGUUCUGGGUAGAAAAUGCACCGAAAAUAGGCAGAAACACAGACCAAGAAGUCACACAAUUUAUUGAUAAAUACAUCAGUUGUGAACUCCCGCCAGCAACCGACGCAUUGCAUGAAGUUGUUUCCAGCGUUCAAAAACACAGCUCCAAGCACUCAAAGAGUUGUAGGAAAAAAGGCACAACAUGCAGAUUUAACUUUCCACGUCCUCCAAGCAACCACACCUUUCUUUGUAGAAGUAAAACAGACGAGAACCAGGAGGUAACAGACGCUGAUCCGAUAGACGUCUCUAUAUUAGAAAUGCGAAAAGAAAAAGAGGUGGCUAAAAGUGUCAUGACAAGGGUCAAACAUGCUCUUUCAAGUCCAGACCUAACCUUGACACUGGAUCAGCUAUUUGCUUCCGUUAACAUCACCCAGGAGAUGUUUGAAAAUGCCUACCGAUUGACAACCAAUAAAAACGCGGUUGUACACAAACGCAACCCAUCAGAUGUUUACGUUAAUCAAUACAACAAAGACCUUUUGCGUUGCUGGGAUGCCAACAUGGACAUACAAUAUGUCUGCGAUGCUUUUGCUUGUGUAGUAUACAUAAUAUCCUACAUCUCAAAAGCCGAACAAGACAUGGGCUUAUUGCUACAACAUACUCAAAAUGAAAUGAAAAAACAUGGAAAUUUAGAUGCAAAACAAACACUCAAUAAGUUGGGAAGUGUCUUUCUCCACAAUCACGAGGUCUCAGCUCAAGAAAGUGUUUAUCGAGUUACAAACAUGCAUCUCAACGAAUGCUCAAGACUGAUCACAUUUAUCCCUACUGGUGAAAAUACCGUCAGAAUGAGUUAUCCUCUCAGUGUCAUUCAAAGCAAAGCAGAACAGGGUGACACAUCAACAGAAUCAAUAUGGAUGACGAGCAUAACGGACCGCUACAAAAACCGCCCCCAGGGCGCAAUUUUCAAUGAUAUUUGUAUAGCCACAUUUGUUUCAAAAUACAGAGUUUUGUACGGGAAAGAGCAGCACAGCAAUGGCUCUGUUAAACUGGAAAAUAACACUGGCUUUGUUAAGAUGAGAACUAGGGGAUCUGAUGCUGUUGCUAGAUAUGCUCGUUUCUCACAAACCAAAUAUCCAGAAAAACACUACCAAAGUUUGCUACAAUUGUUUUUGCCUCAUUAUUCAACAGAUGAGUUAAAACCUCCACCGUACAACAGUUAUGAGCAGUUUUACAGGACCGGUUCCAUCACUAACAGCAGCAAUACAACGCAAAGUGUUAAGGAAGUUGUAGAUUUCAACAGAUCCCUGUUUGAAGUAGAUGCAGAUGAGCUCGACAGAUGCCAAGAGGUUGCAGGGCACCACGGGGCUCACGACGAGGCAUGGGCAGACCUUUGCCCUGAAUCUGAGUUGGAGCGAUUAGAAUGUCAGGAGGAGAUGUCUAACAACAACGACACAAAUCAAAAUGAAAGAGAAGCCAUACCGGACUUGCAGUCAGACACAAAGGCAACACUGUCUAAAGAAUUUCCCACACACUCGAUACAAAGAGCUGAAGGUCUGUCCAUUAUGCGCACGUUAAACGAACAACAGACUCAAAUUUUUUACAAAAUCCGCGCAUGGUGCCUUGACAAAGUCAAUGGCAAAAACCCUGACCCGUUUCGCGUAUUCAUUUCAGGGGGAGCAGGCACAGGAAAGUCCCACCUGAUUAAAGCUGUGUACUACGAGUCAUGCAGACUCUUUGCAAGAAUGUCCAUUAAUCCAGACGACACUCAUGUUUUGCUAGCUGCUCCUACAGGAGUAGCAGCAUAUAAUAUCAACGGAAGCACAAUACACAGCACCUUUGCUAUUACUACCACUGCCAAACUGCCAUAUCAACCUCUAGGAGAUGAAAGAAUCAAUUCGUUGAGAGCCACCAUGAAAGACUUACAAAUACUCAUUUUGGACGAGGUGAGUAUGGUUGAUCAUAAAAUCCUGACGUAUGUCCAUGGCAGACUACGACAAAUAAAGCAACAAGGAGAUUAUGCAUUGUUUGGGAAUGUAUCAAUCAUGGCAGUUGGUGACUUCUUCCAGCUCGGCCCUGUAAAGGGAACACCUCUUUACCACGAGCAAUUGGUUACCGAUCUGUGGAACAAUCAUUUCACUCACAUUGAGUUGACAAAGAUAAUGCGACAAAAAAACAAAGAGUUUGCUGAAACAUUAAAUCGUCUUAGAAAACACAGAAAAGGAAACAAUCUUUACCAGCGAGAUGAAGUCUUGCUAAGACAACGCGAGACCGGCGAGGGGGAACUGACACAGGACCUUCACAUUUUCCCCAGAAACGAUGAAGUGGCAGCCCAUAACAUCGCCAUGUUACACAAGACGUGUACGGAUUUGGUGCAAAUUAAAGCUCAAGAUACUCAGAGAAACCCUACCACAGGACAAGUAACAAGAAAAAAUAAUCCAAAAAUUGAUAGUCAGACAUGCUUAAGCAGAACGUUAAUCGUUGGUCCAUCAGCUCGCGUAAUGCUCAUCAAAAAUAUAGAUCUGUCAGAUGGAUUGGUCAAUGGUGUAUUCGGUACCAUUUGCAAAAUCACCUUUGAAGGGAACGUUCAGUUUCCCAAAACCAUUUUGGUUAACUUUGACAAUGACGCAAUCGGCAGGAAACUGAGGAGUAGGUCUAUAUGCUUUGAGCCUCAAUUUCAACAAGCAACACCCAUAGAUGCUGUGGAAGACAAAGUAAUGACUGGUGGAUCUAGACGCCAAUUCCCGUUACGCCUAGCAUGGGCCUGUACCAUACACAAAGUUCAAGGUUUAACUUUAGAAAGAGCUGUAGUGUCCCUUAAAAGGAUAUUUGCAGCUGGCCAAGCAUAUGUAGCAUUAAGCCGAGUAACGUGUGAGGAAAACCUUAUCAUUCAAGACUACGCAGCCAAAGCCUUCUAUUCGAAACCAGACAUCGACAUUUCCCUGCAAAAAAUGGAACCAUUCAUUGCAACUCCACCAGCAGAAAUUACUUCAACCCUCAAAAUAUGCCUCCACAACAUUCAAGGUCUAUGUCAACACAUGGAAGACCUUAAACAUGACCAGAGAAUCUUGAGUGCUGACAUCAUUUGCGUGACAGAAACAUGGCUGGAACAAAACACCUCAGUCGAUUCCAUUGAAAUGCCAGGUUGGACUUUUAAUCACAAACUCCGGUCCCAAUCCUACCAUAACAUGACCCAAUUCCAAGACUUGGUAAACAAACGGCACGGUGGAGUGGGCUACUACCACAAAGACCACAUCACUUGUAACAUUAUACACAUGCCAUGCAGUGACUUGGAAGCCAUCAUGUUUAAUGUUCAGCCUUUGAAUUACAAUUACAUUGUGCUGUACAAACCGCCAUCAUAUAAACUCGCCUUAUUCAAACAAAAUCUCGCUUUGGUAAUGCAACACUUUAACCAACUUUCAGGAGGAAAGGUAAUUAUGGGUGACUUCAACGACAAUGCCCUUGUUUCUAAAUCUGCAGAAAAUUUCAUGCAACAGCAAGGUUACACCCAAAUUGUCUCUUCGCCAACAACCGAAAACGACACGACAAUUGAUCACGUAUACAUUCGUGACAUUAAUCCCACUGAUAUCAAAGUUCAAAUUCUGUCCACCUACUACUCCGAUCAUGAGUGCCUCUGUUUAGAUUUCCUCCUGUAA